GCUCUCCAGGGAACACUCACUCCAUCAGCUUCUGUUGUCUGAGAUAGAGAGGAACUUUAUCAGCUUUAACAUUGUUCAAACAUGCCUUCGUUGGGACUGGAGAUACUUGGCGUGACUCUGGCCGUCCUGGGAUGGAUGUCGGCCAUCAUAUCCUGCGCCUUGCCCAUGUGGAGAGUGUCAGCGUUCAUUGGCGUGAACAUAGUUACAGCGCAGAUCACCUGGGAAGGCAUCUGGAUGAACUGUGUGGUGCAGAGCACUGGACAGAUGCAGUGUAAAAUCCAUGACUCCAUGUUGGCUCUAACCGCUGACCUUCAGGCUGCCCGUGCCCUCACCAUCAUCUCCAUCGUGUUGGGAAUCUUGGGAGUCCUGGUGGCCAUUAUGGGGGCAAAGUGCACCAACUGUGUGGAUGAGGAGACAGCCAAGGCUCGAGUGAUGAUAGCAGCCGGGGUGGCCUUCAUUUUGGCUUCUCUGACCCAGCUGAUCCCAGUGUCAUGGUCGGCCCACACGAUCAUCAUGGAGUUCUACAACCCGAUCAUACCUGAGGCACAGAAGAGGGAGAUCGGUGCUGCUCUAGGAAGACGACUCAGCAUGUCUGUCGGUCUGGAGUUGAUAGGCAUAUCUCUGUGCAUUUUGGGAUGGAUUAUUGCGAUUGUGGCGUGCGCCCUCCCCAUGUGGAGGGUGACGGCCUUCAUCGGCAGCAACAUCGUGACGGCACAGAUCAUCUGGGAAGGCCUGUGGAUGACCUGUGUGGUCCAGAGCACAGGACAGAUGCAGUGUAAGGUCUACGACUCCAUGCUGGCUCUCUCCCAAGACCUCCAGGCCGCCCGCGCCCUCACCGUCAUCUCCAUCCUGUUGGCCAUUCUGGCCGUGCUCAUUGCCAUCGCUGGGGCCAAGUGCACUAACUGCAUUGAAGACGAGGCCUCCAAGGCCAAGGUGAUGAUCAUCUCUGGUGUCUUCUUCAUCGUAUCCGGAGUGAUGCAGCUCAUCCCAGUGUCGUGGUCUGCCAACACCAUCAUCAGGGACUUCUACAACCCUUUACUCACCGAUGCUCAACGCAGGGAGCUGGGGGCGGCGCUGUACAUCGGCUGGGCGGCCGCUGCGCUCCUCAUCCUUGGUGGUGGACUCCUCUGCUGCUCCUGUCCGCCACGCGAGACCAGAUACAACCCCUCGAGAAUGGCUUACUCUGCCCCGCGGUCUGCAGGUGGCCCCGCGUUGGAAAGGAAAGACUAUGUUUAAAUGGAGAAAAUGGAAGAAUAAAGACUGUCCAAACUAACCCGAGGGUGCGUUGAGGAACAAAGAGACUCCACAUUGAAGGAUGCGUUUGAAUUUGCCUGUAAUAUUGAGUGUCAUUAAAUUAGGCCCUUUGGUUUUUUUAGUGACUGAGACAGUAUGCACAGGAUAUGUGACAUUUGAGUGGAAUUUUUUUUUUUUUAAGAUCACUAUAAAGAAAAGGUUUUUUUUAACAUUUAACACAUUAAAUAUUAUCACAACUGUACAAUCACAAUUCUUUUUUUUUUAAUGUUUACAGCUCAGCUUUUAUAACAACCAUCAUUACUGCUUCAUAAUAAAGCACUUGUGUUAAAUGAUCAUGAAAAGCAUCUUUUAAACUGUUUGUAAAUACUGUAUGAAUAUCAUGAAGAACCCGUAACAGUCGUGACUUUUGGUAACCGUGUGGUGGGAGUGGAGAUGGCUGAGGACGUGGCAGAGGACUCUGAAUCAUUUACAGUGUCCACCGAAGCAAAACAAAAGCCCUCGGGUCCACCUAAAACAAUUAUUGUCUUUGUGUUUUAUGUUCCACUGCUGUACGUGUAACUCACAAGUUUUUUUGUUUUGUUUUUUAAUAAACAUGACUUUUUUUUAGA